AAAACCUUAAGCUGAUUAUAUCUUUUGCAUGAUAUAACAAAGAAAAAAAUAUAUAAUUUAUAUUACGACGUUAAACACUCAAAAUAAUCUUCUAAAAAACACAACCCAAAAUAAGGUGGUAAAUUGAAAUGAACAAAAUUAUAAAUAUCGAGUGGUCAGAACUUGACAAUUUCUAAAAAGAAGAAGAAGAGAAGAAAAAGAAAAAGGAAGAAGGCAGAGCAAAAAGAAUAGGAACAGGAAUUAGAAGACGAAAGAAGGAAAAAGAGGGAAAAAUAAGGAAGAAGGAAGGAGAAAUGAAAGUGUUAUCAUGGCUAAUGAAGAAAAUAACAGUACAUUUAUUCGCUGCUAUUAUCACAUAUUCAAUAAACAGCAACUUUUUAGUUAACACAGAAUUAACAAAUGUUAAAAAAUCCGAACCAACAAAAGAAGAGUUAAAUUACAAUCAAGUAAACCAUGUUCCCUUAAAAGUUGCAACUGAAAGAACACACGGUAAUCCAUCCAGAAAUAGCUCUCAAAUAUCCAGUGCAGUAAAAAACAAGACAGUUAACUGGAUAGAGAAAUCUAGGGAUGAUAAGAACGCAACGAAGGCAGAAAAGAGUAAAAAAGCUAGUCGAUAUCUGAAGACAGCCAUCGUUUUGUUGAUCGUUCUCCUUAUUAUUGUUGCGAUCUUCAUCAUCGUUCAUUUCUACGUCACUUUACGCGGAUUCUAUUCUGGAGCAUUUAUACCGAAAAACCACCUGUUAGCCAUCGAUCCAGAUGAUUUCACGUGGAUAUAUCAACAUAUUGAUCGGUUUCCAAUACUGACCAAAAAAAGUUCUUUUCGAACGGUGAAUUUAUAAAAAUUAUUGACGUGUUGAAAUUUUAUUUUGAUAAAGCUGAACUUGCAGAAAAAGAAAGGAAGUUGAUAAUUGCGAACCAUAGCUACAUCUGAUGGAAAGCUGUCGAGGAGAAUAAAAUGGUGUGUCAGAGCUACGCUUGUGAGAAGUCAUAUAUGUGUCAUUCUAAACAGGAUACUAAAUUUCGAUCCUUUGGAAUUAAAUAAAUAUAUAUGUCCAUGUUCUGUUGAUAGAUGGGUACAGGACCUCACGAAAGAUCACACAUCAUAUGUGUUCAAAAGAGAAUGGACCUUAAUAAACAUUGCAGACUUAAAGAACAGAACACGCUUUUUUUAUUUAAUUUUUAUUAUAAUUUUUUCUCUUAUCCUAUAUAUGAUAUGUUUUUUAAUAAUUUUAGAAUUGUUAUUAAUGUAGCUACAUUUUUUUAAAUAUAACUUCCGCGUUUUC